AUGUCAAGUGUUAAAGGUGGAGCUGCUGAUGUGGGCGGAGACACGACUUGUUGUGGUAAAUGGCCGGUGUUUGAGUCGCCUUCUCUAAACCAAAACAGACACUCUGUACACAACCAUCUCCCCACAAGCAGCCAUAUCAAAGUCCUGCCUGCAGGUCACAAGUCUCCUUCAGAGGACAAGUCUCCUUCAGGUCACAAGUCUCCUUCAGAGGACAAGUCUCCUUCAGGUCACAAGUCUCCUUCAGAGGAGAAGUCUCCUUCAGGUCACAAGUCUUCUUCAGAGGAGAAGUCUCCUUCAGGUCACAAGUCUUCUUCAGGUCACAAGUCUCCUUCAGAGGACAAGUCUCCUUCAGGUCACAAGUCUCCUUCAGAGGAGAAGUCUCCUUCAGGUCACAAGUCUUCUUCAGAGGACAAGUCUCCAGGUCACAAGUCUCCUUCAGAGGACAAGUCUCCAGGUAACAAGUCUACUUCAGAGGACAAGUCUCCUUCGGGUAUCAAGUCUCCUUCAGAGGACAAGUCUCCUUCAGGUAUCAAGUCUCCUUCAGAGGACAAGUCUCCUUCAGGUCACAAGUCUCCUUCAGAGGACAAGUCUCCUUCAGGUCACAAGUCUCCUUCAGGUCACAAGUCUCCUUCAGAGGACAAGUCUCCUUCAGGUCACAAGUCUCCUUCAGGUCACAAGUCUCCUUCAGAGGACAAGUCUCCUUCAGGUCACAAGUCUCCUUCAGAGGACAAGUCUCCUUCAGGUCACAAGUCUCCUUCAGAGGAGAAGUCUCCUUCAGGUCACAAGUCUCCUUCAGAGGACAAGUCUCCUUCAGGUCACAAGUCUCCUUCAGAGGACAAGUCUCCUUCAGGUAACACGUCUCCUUCAGAGGACAAGUCUCCUUCAGGUCACAAGUCUCCUUCAGAGGACAAGUCUCCUUUACAUCACAAGUCUCCUUCAGAGGACAAGUCUCCUUCAGGUCACAAGUCUCCUUCAGAGGACAAGUCUCCUUCAGGUAACAAGUCUCCUUCAGGUCACAAGUCUCCUUCAGGUCACAAGUCUCCUUCAGAGGACAAGUCUCCUUUAGGUCACAAGUCUCCUUCAGAGGACAAGUCUCCUUCAGGUAACACGUCUCCUUCAGAGGACAAGUCUCCUUCAGGUCACAAGUCUCCUUCAGAGGACAAGUCUCCUUUACAUCACAAGUCUCCUUCAGAGGACAAGUCUCCUUCAGGUCACAAGUCUCCUUCAGAGGACAAGUCUCCUUCAGAGGACAAGUCUCCUUCAGGUCACAAGUCUCCUUCAGAGGACAAGUCUCCUUUAGGUCACAAGUCUCCUUCAGAGGACAAGUCUCCUUCAGGUAACAAGUCUCCUUCAGAGGACAAGUCUCCUUCAGGUAACACGUCUCCUUCAGAGGACAAGUCUCCUUCAGGUCACAAGUCUCCUUCAGAGGACAAGUCUCCUUCAGGUCACAAGUCUCCUUCAGGUAACAAGUCUCCUUCAGGUAACAAGUCUCCUUCAGAGGACAAGUCUCCUUCAGGUCACAAGUCUCCUUCAGGUCACAAGUCUCCUUCAGAGGACAAGUCUCCUUCAGGUCACAAGUCUCCUUCAGAGGACAAGUCUCCUUCAGGUCACAAGUCUCCUUCAGGUAACAAGUCUCCUUCAGAGGACAAGUCUCCUUCAGGUAACACGUCUCCUUCAGAGGACAAGUCUCAUUCAGGUCACAAGUCUCCUUCAGAGGACAAGUCUCCUUUACAUCACAAGUCUCCUUCAGGUCACAAGUCUCCUUCAGAGGACAAGUCUCCUUCAGGUCACAAGUCUCCUUCAGGUAACAAGUCUCCUUCAGAGGACAAGUCUCCUUCAGGUCACAAGUCUCCUUCAGAGGACAAGUCUCCUUCAGGUAACAAGUCUCCUUCAGAGGACAAGUCUCCUUCAGGUCACAAGUCUCCUUCAGAGGACAAGUCUCCUUUAGGUCACAAGUCUCCUUUAGGUCACAAGUCUCCUUCAGAGGACAAGUCUCCUUCAGGUAACAAGUCUCCUUCAGAGGACAAGUCUCCUUCAGGUAACACGUCUCCUUCAGAGGACAAGUCUCCUUCAGGUCACAAGUCUCCUUCAGAGGACAAGUCUCCUUUACAUCACAAGUCUCCUUCAGAGGACAAGUCUCCUUCAGGUCACAAGUCUCCUUCAGAGGACAAGUCUCCUUCAGGUAACAAGUCUCCUUCAGAGGACAAGUCUCCUUCAGAGGACAAGUCUCCUUCAGGUCACAAGUCUCCUUCAGAGGACAAGUCUCCUUCAGGUAACAAGUCUCCUUCAGAGGACAAGUCUCCUUCAGGUAACACGUCUCCUUCAGAGGACAAGUCUCCUUCAGGUCAAAAGUCUCCUUCAGAGGACAAGUCUCCUUUACAUCACAAGUCUCCUUCAGAGGACAAGUCUCCUUCAGGUCACAAGUCUCCUUCAGGUAACAAGUCUCCUUCAGGUAACAAGUCUCCUUCAGAGGACAAGUCUCCUUCAGGUCACAAGUCUCCUUCAGGUCACAAGUCUCCUUCAGAGGACAAGUCUCCUUCAGGUCACAAGUCUCCUUCAGAGGACAAGUCUCCUUCAGGUCACAAGUCUCCUUCAGAGGACGGAACUUUUUAA